CAAACUACCAUUUGAUAAAUUACGUUUGUCCUCAAGAACGUGUUCUCAAUCAUAUGAUUACAAAAUAAAAUUAAGGAGAGAGUUCAUAAAAUAUUAUGUCCCAACAUUCCCACAUAACAUUCCCCCAUCACUCUUCACAUGGGGCUGCUGUUGCAGGCAAAUGGUUAAACAACAAAACAACGCAUAGUUGCGCCUAAAAAAAAUUCAAAUCCCAAUGGCUCCAUCAAGUUGCUCUCAACAGAUCUCACCCAUUUAUUGAAAAAUAAUGGAGUUUGUCCCACCGGGGGCCCUUCAACGUCAUCUUUCUAAUUCUCUCCAUUAUCCAUUGGAUCUCACCAACCAAAUCUUCACUCCCUUCUUCUACUCUAAUCUAGGGCUGAUUUCCAACCUCCCCCCCCCCCCCCAUAAUGCUGGCCUCGCCCCACCUCCUUCCCUUCUUCCUCCUCCUCUGCGCCGCCGUCUCCCUCUUCCCCGUUUCCGCCACCGACCAUAUCGUCGGCGCCAACCGCGGCUGGAACCCCGGCAUCAACUACACUCUCUGGGCUAAUAACCACACCUUCUACGUUGGCGACCUCAUCUCAUUUAGGUAUCAGAAGAACCAGUACAAUGUGUUUGAGGUGAACCAAACAGGAUACGACAACUGCACAACAGAGGGGGCGUUUGGAAAUUGGAGCAGUGGCAAGGACUUCAUCCCUCUCAACAAGGCCCAAAGGUACUACUUCAUUUGCGGCAAUGGACAGUGUUUUAAUGGCAUGAAGGUGACCAUUCUUGUUCAUCCUCUUCCUCCUCCUCCAUCUUCUCCACUUGCCACCGAGCAUCACUCGCGCUCCUCCGCCACACCCUGUGUGGGUUCUCAACAAUGGGGGUUUCGAGCUUUGCUCAUCUCUCUGGCUAUGAUUUUGUUUGGAUCUCACUGGAUUUAGUUGAUCCAUGGGUGGGCUGUGGCGGGCGAUGCAGAGGUCUUGUUGGUAAUUAAACUAGUUUUAGUGUUGGAGUUCUUUUCUUUUUUGAGAUUUCUCGAUUUGGUAACAUUUUGGCUGGAAAAAUUUGGUAACAUUGUUUGAUUGUUUGAUAAUUUGUAAGGUGGUUUUGAUUGUUUGGUUUGUUGUAAUUUGUAAUGACAUUAUGACAAUCACAUCCAGGUUGUUUAAAUUCCUCA